UUGGCAAGCUAGGAAUAAAGUGAAGAUUUCUCAGCGUGAUAAGGGCAUCUAUGAAAUACCUAAAGCUGACAUAAUGGAAUGAUGAAAGACUGAAUUUUUUUCCCUCCAAGAUCAGGAACAAGUAUUCAACAUUAUACUAGAAAUUCUAGCCAGUGUAAUGAGGCAAGAAAUUAAAAGCUUCCAGGUUGGAAAGAAAUAAGUAAGAUUGUUUAUUUGACGAUAACAUGAUAGUCCAUGUCAGACUUUCCUCGCCUUGGCCACGGACAUUGUGGACCAGAUAGUUCCUUAUCAGGGUUGAGGAGUGAUGUUUCCAGUGCACCAUAGGGCCUUUGGCAGCACCUCUAUCUCAGCCCCUGGAUACCAGUAACAUACCACUUGUCACAACCAAAAGCAUCUCCAGGCAUUGCAAUUGUCCCUUAAGGGGGAAAUUGCCCUCAGUUGAGAAUCACUACUCUAGGUGAAAAAAUCCGUGGAAACUACAAAAAGAGCUACUAGAACUAAUGGUUUUAGCAGAGUUAUAGAAUACAAUGUUAAUAAACAAACAAAAAAAAAGUUCUAUUUCCAAAUAGCUAGCAACAAAUACUGGAAGUUAAAACUAGAAAAAACACUAUUUACAAUGGUGUCAACAGAUAGUAAAUUUUGAAGAUAAUCUGUAAUAGAUAUGUAAGAUUUAUAACUGAAAACUAGGCAACUUUGCUCAGAGAACCCUUAAUAAGUGGAAAGUUACACAGUAUUCAUUAAUUUAGAAAUUUCAGUAUUGUUAGUACAUCAAAUCAAUCUAUACAUUCAAUGUCAACCCAGUUAAAAUCCUAUCAUAUGUUUUUAACUGACACAUGAUUUUAAAAUUCAUUUGGAACAGCAUAGGAGCUAGAAUAGCCAAAGCAAGUUUGAAGAAGGACAAAUUUUUAUGACUUACUCUAUGUAACUUCAGUUCUUAUAACAGUACAGUAAUCUAAAUAGUGUGGUGUUGGUAUAAAGAUACAUAAGUAGAUCAGUGGACCCAAAAGUAUAAAUAUGGUCAGUUGAUUUUGAAUAAAGGUAAUUAAUUGGAGAAAGGAUAGUCUUUUCAACAAAUGAUGCUGGAAAAAUCAGAUAUCCAUAUGUUUAAAAAAGACUUAAUCCAUACCUUGCAUCAUAUAUGGAAAGAAAAAAAAAACGAUAAAACUUGUAGAAAGCCACUCGUGAGUGUUUCUAAUAUGACACCAAAGAACAAUCCAUAAAAAGGUAGAUAAACAACAAAAAUGAAGAAUAAAAAAAAAUAAAAAUAAUAAAUUUUUUUUUAAAUGAAGAAUAAAAGUAGAUAAACAGGACUUCACCAAACUUAGGGACUUGACAAUGCAUGUUGCAGAUGAUGUGCUUCAGCAGGUGACUGGAUGAACUGGUACAUGGAUAAAGCAGUAUUAUGCAGGGUAAAAGGAAAUGAGCCAGAAGCCACAAAAAUGACACAGAGGGCCUCAGAAGCAUGUCACCAGGUGAAAGGAGCCACUCUGAAAGCGCCACAUACUGCUGGAUUCCAGCUCCAUGACGUUCUGGAAAAGGCUCCACCAUGUCCAGGCCCCAGACCCCGGAGCCGACCCUCGAUGGGCAGGGAGAUGCCUCCGCGGGCUCGCCAGACGAGGACGUGGCCGACGGGAUCCAGCACUCGCAUCGCAUGCUCAGCUUCAGCGACGCGCUGCUAUCCAUCAUCGCCACCGUGAUGAUCCUGCCCGUGACCCACACAGAGAUCUCCCCGGAGCAGGAGUUUGACAAGAGUGUCCAGAGGCUCCUUGCCACCAGGAUUGCUGUCUACCUGAUGACCUUCCUCAUCGUGACCGUGGCCUGGGUGGCCCACACGAGGUUGUUCCAAGUUGUUGGGAAAAUAGACGACACGCUUGCCCUGCUCAACCUGGCCUGCAUGAUGACCAUCACCUUCCUGCCAUUCACAUUUUCCUUGAUGGUGACCUUCCCCGAGGUGCCUCUGGGCAUCUUCCUGUUCUGCAUGUGUGUGAUUGCCAUCGGGGUCGUGCAGGCGCUGAUCGUGCUUUAUGCCUUCCACUUCCCGCACCUCCUGAGCCCCCAGAUCGAGCGCUCUGCCCACCGUGGCCUCUACCGGCAGCACAUCCUGGGCAUCAUCAUGCGGGGCCCCGCGCUCUGCCUGGCCGCCGCCGGCUUCUCCCUCUUCUUCUACCCCGCGUCAUACCUGCUGAUGGCCACGGUCAUCUUCCUGCCCUACGUGAGCAAGGCCGCUGGCUGGUGCAGGGCCCGCCUUAUGGGCCCCAGAGAGCCCCCGGCUCACAGCAUGGAGGUCUUCACCUUCGACCUGCAUGAGCCGCUCAGCAAGGAGCGGGUGGAGGCCUUCAGUGACGGGGUCUACGCCAUCGUGGCCACUCUGCUCAUCCUGGACAUCUGUGAGGACAACGUCCCGGACGCCAAGGAUGUGAAGGAGAAGUUCCAGGGCAGCCUGGUGGCCGCGCUGGGCGAGUCAGGGCCGCACUUCCUGGCCUACUUCGGCUCCUUCGCCACGGUGGGCCUGCUCUGGUUCGCCCACCACUCACUGUUCCUGCACGUCCGCAGGGCCACGCGGCCCAUGGGGCUGCUCAACACGCUCUCGCUGGCCUUCGUGGGCGGCCUGCCCCUGGCCUACCAGCAGACGUCAGCCUUCGCACAGCAGCCCCGCGACGAGCUGGAGAGCGUGCGCGUCAGCUGCGCCAUCAUCUUUCUGGCCAGCAUCUUCCAGUUCGCCAUCUGGACCACGGCGCUGCUGCAGGAGGGGGAGACGCUGCAACCCUCUGCGCGCUUCGGGGGCCGGGAGCAUGCGUUCAUGUUUGCCAAGCUCGCCCUGUACCCCUGCGCCAGCCUGCUGGCCUUUGUCUGCACCUGCGUGCUGAGCAGCUUCAGCACGGCCAUCUUCCACGCCAUGCAGAUCGCGGUGCCCUUCGCCUUCCUGCUGCUGCGGCUGCUGGUGCGCCUGGCGCUGGCCAGCCUGCGGGCCCUGCGGGGGCUGGUGGGGCCCGUGCUUGCCCAGCCAGCGCCCGGGGCUGCGGACGAGGCCCGGUCCCCACUGCUCCCUGCCCCCUGCUAGUGCCGCCCCGCCCCAUCUCCGGGGCCUCGUGAAGAUUCAUGUUCUGCCUCAGACCCUCGGAUUACUUCCACUUUGCAGAGAAGAGUCUCAUGGCAGCUUCACUGUGUUGCUUGUGCCCGUUGUCUGCUCAAGCCAGCAGAGACGAGCCCCAGAGGGCUAGCAGGAGGUGGGGGCCCUGGGGCAGUGGGCCCAGCCCCUCCCUGGACUGAGUCCACAACCCCGUGCAGAGGCCCCAGCAGGCUGCCACCCACCCACCCACCGCGACUCGCCCCGGGCACAGCGACGCAGGAGACGGACAGCAGCAGGGCCGGAAGACCAGACUCUAUUUGUCCAAGAUAUAAAUUACGGUCACCUUCGGGGGUAGGUUACACACGAGGAAGGGGUGCAGUGCUCACACACACACUCAGACUCGCUUACACGCAGAGGACUCGUCCACCCGAACCACAGUGACAGACGGCUGCCACCAACUGGUGCAGGUGCAGAGCAAAAGCUGAUCCCACCCCCAGGAAUGCAGGCCCGAGGGACGCACACCGGGCCCUGGAGGCCCGCGGCCCUCGUGUUGCCCACGUCUGGGUAGCUUUGGCACGAGCUGGGCGGGGCCACGUCUGAGGUCGACGCCAGUGUCAAGGCGAGGCCGCCACCCAGGGUUAGGGCCUGGCAGCCAGCCAGCGCCAAGGCAUAGGGACCAAACAGUCAGGAGAGGGGCCUCCAGACCCUCCUUCACGCCGGGACAGGGCUCUGGGCCAGCUGGACUCCGGGGCUCUGAGUGACCCGCCUGGCAGCCCAUCUGCGUCCCCCGUCUCCACGUGGAGAAGCACAGAGACACAUCUGCUCAGUGGACACGGAGCCCACGUGCUAACUGCUGACACGCGGAGGGGCGAAGCGCUUUCCCCAGCCAAUUAAACCUCUCCUGCUGCA